GCGGGGAGGCGGGGGGAGGCGCGAUGCGGAGGAAAAAGCAAAUAGUUGAGUGAACACCAUCAGUACAGAGUAACGAAGACUGCAGAGAGGCAGCAAGGCUUUAGCAACAUAGACUGAGAAAAUGUAGCGGGACUAUUUUUUCUGACUGGACUAUUGAUGGAAAAAGAGCGCACUCCGUGGAUUACAGGCUGAGGAUCCACUCCGCUUCACUAGAGCGUCAGGACGUAUAUGACAAGCAGACAAUGGAGCUCCGAAAUAACUGAGCUUUUAACUAACCUCAAAACGUCUGCAAAAGCCAAAAUGUCUAUUUUUUAAAAGGGACUGGAUUAUUCGGACGCCUUCCAUAUUUUUGGACUUUUACGCACUGAGGGUUUCACCACCCUGCUGAAAUGGCCGGAGAAUGUUGAGAUUGUAUCAAUCAUUAGAGGACAGUGAGAUUAAUGCUUUUUACACAUGUAUUUAUUUCUUUUUUACCCAAGUGCACUUGUUUUCCCCGCCAUGAUUGUGCUUUUGGUCGCUUUGUGUUUUACGGAUGGAGCGCUCUCUCAGAUCCGCUAUUCUGUCCCGGAGGAGGCAGAGCAUGGCACGCUGGUGGGGAACAUCGCCGAAGACCUGGGGCUGGACCUUACCAAAUUGGCCUCCCGGCGCUUCCAGCUAGUGCCUAGCUCGCGAACGCCAUACCUGGAAGUGAACCUUGAAAACGGCGUCCUGUUCGUUAACGAGAAAAUCGAUCGGGAGCAAAUCUGCAAACAGAGUGCCAGCUGCCAGCUCAACAUGGAGGUGUUCUUGGAGAACCCACUGGAGCUGUUCAGGGUCGAGAUCGAAGUGGUGGACAUUAACGACAAUCCACCAAGCUUCCCGGAGACAGAUCUUACGGUGGAGAUCUCAGAGAGCGCAACUCCAGGCACCCGAUUUCCUUUGGAGAGUGCAUUCGACCCGGACGUGGGCUCUAACGCGUUGCGCACAUAUGAUAUCACAACCAACAACUACUUUUACCUGGAUGUGCAGACUCAAACGGAUGGAAAUAAGUUUGCAGAACUUGUUCUGGAGAAGCCACUGGACAGGGAGCAGCAGGCAGAGCACAGGUACGUUCUCACUGCGGUAGACGGCGGCCAGCCUCCUCGGACUGGCACCGCGCUGCUGGUGGUCAAAGUGUUGGACUCUAACGAUAACGUGCCCGUGUUCGAGCAGCCCGUCUACACGGUUAGUCUCUCAGAGAACGCACCGGUGGGUACUCUGAUCAUCCAGCUGAACGCCACCGACCUAGAUGAGGGACUGAACGGGGAAAUAGUUUACUCCUUCAGCAACCACAUUUCCAGCCAUGUAAAGGAGCUGUUCAGCAUAGAUCCACGCACCGGGCGCAUCGAAGUCCGCGGGGAGGUGGAUUUCGAGGAGAGCAGUCUCUAUCAGAUCUUUAUCCAAGCCAAGGAUCUGGGGCCAAACGCCGUGCCUGCGCACUGCAAAGUGCUGGUCAAAGUGGCCGACAUGAACGACAACGCACCGGAAAUUACCUUCAGCACCGUCACGGAGUCGGUGAGCGAAAAAGCCACUCCCGGUACAGUCAUAGCCUUGUUAAGUUUGACGGACCGGGACGCAGAGGAGAACGGACAGAUCCAUGUGGAAAUCCUCGGUGAUGUGCCGUUUAAAUUAAAGUCCUCUUUCAGGAAUUACUUCACCAUAGUGACCGACGGGUUCCUAAACCGGGAGCUGGCGGACUCCUACUCCGUGACUGUGGUGGCGAGGGAUAAGGGAACCCCUUCUCUCGCCUCCAGUAAGUCCAUCCGCGUCCAGGUAUCAGAUGAGAACGACAAUGUGCCCACUUUCACGCAAUCCGUUUAUGAUGUAUAUGUGACAGAAAAUAAUGUGCCAGGAUCGUACAUCCACGCUGUGAUGGCCCUGGACCCUGACAUAGGGCAGAACGCUCUAAUCAGUUACUCCAUAUUAGAGUGUGACAUUCAGGACAUGUCAGUUAAAACCUAUGUGUCUAUCAACGAGGAGACAGGAUAUCUUUAUGCACUCAGGUCUUUUGAUUAUGAGCAGCUGAAAGAUUUCACCUUUCUGGUCAGGGCCAAGGACUCAGGUGCCCCUGAGCUUUCCUCUAAUGCAACUGUUAAAGUCAUUAUUGUUGAUCAGAACGACAAUGCACCCUUAGUGCUGGCUCCUCUUGGAAAAAAUGGAUCUGCCAGGGAGCCCCUUCCCCGCUCGGCUGAGCCAGGCUAUCUGGUGACCCGUGUUGUAGCCAUGGAUGCGGAUGAUGGUGAGAAUGCCCGCUUGUCGUACAGCAUUCAAAGAGGAAACGAAAACGGGAUGUUUAGACUGGACUGGAGGACUGGUGAGCUCAGGACAGCAAGGCGGAUGUCAGCUAAGCGAGACCCCCACCAGCAGUAUGACCUGGUGAUUGAGGUGAGAGACCAUGGCCAGCCUCCAUUGUCCUCCAGUGCCAGCGUACUGGUGAUGGUGGUAGACAGCAUGGCUGAAGGGCGGGGUGUGGGAGACAAAGUGGGUACCAGCAAGACCAAAGAUGGUGCCUUGGACCUCACCCUCAUCCUCAUCAUUGCUCUUGGUUCUGUCUCCUUCAUCUUCCUCCUUGUCAUGAUUGUGCUGGCUGUGCGCUGCCAGAAGGACAAAAAGCUCAACAUUUAUACCUGCCUAACUAGUGACUGCUGUCUGGGAUGCAGCUCCUGCUGCUCACGGCAGGGCCGAUCUCGCAAGAAAAAGCUCAGCAAGGCGGAUAUUAUGCUAGUGCAAAGCAAUAUUAAUGUCAGCGGGUCCGGAACGGCUCAAGUCCCUGUGGAGGAGUCUGGGAGCUUCGGCUCUCACCACCAAAACCAGAACUAUUGCUACCAGGUAUGUCUGACUCCAGAGUCUGCCAAAACUGACCUCAUGUUCCUAAAGCCGUGUAGUCCAUCUAGGAGCACAGACACCGAUCACAACCCGUGUGGUGCCAUAGUGUCAGGGUACACAGACCAGCAGCCUGACAUCAUAUCAAAUGGCAGCAUUUUAUCAAAUGAGACCAAACACCAGCGAACUGAACUCAGCUACCUGGUGGAGAGGCCGAGGCGUGUCAACAGUUCAGCCUUCCAGGAAGCAGAUCUAGUCAGCUCUAAAGACAGUGGCCACGGAGACAGUGAGCAGGGAGACAGUGACCAUGAUGCCACAAAUCGAGGCCAUUCCUCUGGUGCUGAUCUGUUUUCUAACUGCACAGAGGAGUGUAAGGCCCUGGGGCACUCUGAUCGCUGCUGGAUGCCCAGCUUUGUGCCCUCUGAUGGGCGUCAGGGUCUAGACUACCGCAGCAACCUCCACGUGCCCGGCAUGGACUCAGUCCCAGAUACAGAGCAACAUUUCUUCCAUCCCAUAAAUCACUACCACCUUCUCCAAAACCAUCACCUCAGCCCUCACCAAGGCUCACUAAAGUGGGAAGAGUUAAAAGCAUUUCUGCCUAGCCCCAGAGCUCCUUAUUACGCCGCUUAUUUAAGUAAGUAUUCUAUCUGCUCUGGCCUAAAGAGCUCGGACUUUGAUCUGGCAGUCAAAGAAACUGAGUUUUCAGCUGAUGGCUUAAAAUUCGUUUCAGAUCUGACCCAUGUUCUCUGAGCCCUCCUGUCAGAGUAUUCAACUAGCUCUUUCUUAUUUCUCAAGCAUCUCCAUUAUGUCUGACUGUAAUGAUUUUAUCUUCCCUCACUUGCUGUUUCAGUUCAUUUCCACACCGCCAAUCAUUUUCAAAGGAUAUAAAAAGUCUACAGACUUGUAUUAAAAUUACCACUUUUUGUGAUCGAAAAACAGAUCAUGAUAAAUCACUUCCAAACAUUUCGGAUAUCCCUUACAGUUCAUCUUAAAAACAAACUAAACUGUCCGAAGGGAAAAUUAAAAUAAAAAUCUGCAACGAUCUGGAUAAAUAAGUGAAGAUUUCCUUAAACAAACUGCGUUGAAACACCAUUUGAUACAGUUUUAGUCUUGGAUUUACACCAGCCAUCAAUUAUAAAUAAUCUUGUACAGGAUCAAUCAUGUUCAGCUGUUGUGGUAGGACUUUCCUUACGUUUGAUUAUUUCCAUCUUUUAGCUGAAGACUUAGUUUGCUGGGAAGUUAAGCAUCGCAAUCUUAUUGUACAAAGGUGUCCCUAGAAUUGCUUACAGUUAAGCCCAUAAAUAUUCAUACCCCUGGCAGAUGUAGAGUCUCAAGUCUUUUUCAUUCAACCAAAAAGUUUAUUUCUGGUAGGAAAUGAGGUAAGCAUAUCCCAAAAUUAGAAACAAGAAAAUUAAUGAACGAUAUCAUUUUUGAAAAUAACAAUUUAUGUUUUUCAUUCACAUUUUAAAAAAUGGCAUGUCAAAAAUUAUUUAUACUCUUCUUAAUAAUUUGUGGAAAAAUCUUGAAAAACUGGUAUAAAAGCUAUCAAAUCCUGCUUCUAAUUUCUGAGCAGCUUGUUUCUACUUGUUUCCGACAUGUUUCCACUGGUAUUUUGCUUCCCUUGUUCUGGUCUGAUAAAUCCAAACUUGAACCUCUUCAAAAGGUAAAUCUGGCACAAAAACCACACAGUGUUCUCAAAUGUUAUGUUCUCAAAACCCAAAAUCUUUAUGUGAAGAUGAAUAUUGGUUUUAUUUUUCAGCAUCUCAAUGAGCUGACGCAAACAUUUGAAUACACAGAAGAAUAAAUCCUUGAGAGACAAAUAAAAUACUAAAUCAGAUUAUGUUCCGAACUAAAUUUGACAGACAAAAUGUGGAAUCACUUAAAGUGGGCUAUAGAGAUGUCCUCACAACUUACAUGUUUUACAAGGCAGUGUUGUCACUUGUUGCAAAGACAAGUUGAAGGAUACUGAGAAACUCCUACUUAAGAAGACUAAAUGCUGAAAUUAAAUCAAAAUGUGUUCUAACAAAGCAGUUUAAGGGUGUGCAUACUUAUGCAUCUGGGUUGUUUAUUUUGUCUUUAUUUUUUUAUGUGUCCCUUUCACAGAUAUGUUUACUUUUCAGUGGGAUUUUAAAGAUGAAUAUGUUAAAGGUGAAAAUGAUAUAUCAAAAUGUAUGUCCAGAAAGCUUGGGAUUCUGGAAGGGUUUCCAGACAUUUUAAAUCCACAGCAUGUAGUCUCAGUGCUGCUGCCUGUAGGCCUCUUCAUAAUGUAUACAACAUAAGCAUGCUUGAUACUGGUGAGGAUAUCAGCAAUUAAGAAGCUAUGUAUGAUUGUGAAAAAUUGCUUCUGUAAUUUAAAAGACAUAUAAUUUCAAGAAAAUAUCAGUUUUUAAUCAGGGAAGAAAAAGCAGCAGGGAGUGAGCUUAACAUUUUAUUCAGUGGAUGUAAUUCCAUUGGAGCUGAAAAAACAAUUUUAGAUAAUUGAGGACAAAAUAAAGCAAGGGAGAGAGAGGCUAGAAAAUUAGCUUGUCUAAACUCAAUUCAAAGGCCACAAAGAGAUACAUCCUCAAUCACUGCAAUUUGGCGAUAAUGCUUAAUUAUAAUUUUGUCAAGCAGCGUCUGAAGAGGGCUUCUUCUCUCAUCAUCCAAACAACUUGAUGGAAUUAUCAGCCAGUCAGAACCCUGCUGCUUCCUGAGCACCAUCAUCUAAAAGCAAAGCAUGCUGCUGGAAACAGCAGGCAAACGUUUCUCUUGCUUUAUUUUACUCUUCCAUUCUCCCUUUCUGCUGGUUUAAAAACAUUGUUAAUUAAAAACACUUCUCUUUUUCAUGUUUAAGUUUUUAUUAAAGCUAAAGGGCUGAACAUUUCUUCUGGCUUUUAUAACAUAUUGAUUAUGAAGCUUAUUUAAAUCUUUUUUGUGAUGUAAUUAACAAGCAAGAUCAAAAUAAAACAACUUUCAACCAUUUCUACAGUCUUUGUGGGGUUGAUGACUGACAUCUUGAGCUUUUUAUACAAUCUUUAUUAAGACAGGAGGAAAACAGUGUUCCUGGUUGUAUUGUAACAGCACUAGCCUCACAAAUUUUACAGUCAUGGUAAAAGAAACUACACCCCAUGAUUCAGUAGCAGCUAGUAUGUUCUUUAUGACUUCAUCAGUCGUUAUAUUGCUGGGUGGACUUUUGGUCCACUUUUCUUUUUACAAGUCUAUUACAAGUUGAAUGACCCAAAAUUGGCUAAGCUUUAGCUGCCAUACUCCACAUAUACCUCGGUAUUUGGAGAAAUUUAUCCACCACUGUGAUUGGUGAAUGGCAUGUGGUGUUUGUGCUGCACUUAGUGUUUGCUAACUUUACAAACCUAAGCCAUGCUGUCACCUGUCUUUGUAGAAAGAAUAUACUUUAUCCUGACAUCCCUCCUAAAAAAAUGCCUUUUUGCUUGUCUUGUCAUAAUCUUAAACACUGAACCUGCUGAGGACUGUAUUGGCUGAGGUAGAGCUCCUGGGUGUGUUGCAGUUUCGCUAAGUGUUGCAUGCUGUGAUUUUGGGGAGAAACCGGGCUUUGUUAACAAGGCUGGUGGCAGAUGGGAAAAAACUGUUCUUGUGGCGUGAGUUUUGGU